AUGGUUGUGCUACAUGUGAAACGCGGCGAUGAUCAUGUGUUUCUCUAUGAAACAAGUGUGAACACGGCCACCGAUACCGUUAUACGAGAAUUGGUAUCGGUUUACAAUGGCCGCUUGAAAGUUCAGCGCAUUUGCAUGGAGAUUGAGGAGCUGGCCGAGCACGGUACAAUGCUGCCUGAACAGAUGAGGCAGCUGAACGAUGAUCAGAUCGAGGAGCUACAUCUAAAGGAUGAAUGGGCCGAUAAAUGCAUUCCCAUGGGCGGUUUUAGCUUCAACAAGGAUCCGCUGUGCCGGCGCAACGGCCAACAGCCAAACGAAGCAAUGCGCAAAGUGCUAGAAAAGGCGGUAACUGAUGCCAAGGCAAUGAUAGACAAGAAAUUGUGCAAAUCGAAUUCGGCUCUGACCCUGAAGAUCGUUGAGGAGGCAUUGAACAUUUUGCGCGGCGCCGUGAUGAUUGUUUAUCCAAUGAAGCUGCCUCCGCAUGAUACCAUACAAAUGGAAUUUAUUAAUAUGGAGGAUUUAAGUGGCACGCAGGCCUCAAAGGAGGUGAUUGAGCCGUCCAAGGCGCAAUUGUGGUUUGCAGGACGCCAAAUUUUAAUGGGCAAGCAGCUGAAGGAGUAUUUGGGCAGCAAUGAUAAGACUAAGGUGGUGGUCAAGCUAAACCAACUAGGUGAGGGUCCACCUGGCAGGGAGCAGGUCAUAAACGAGCAGCUGCGUCGACAAAUGAUGGCAGCUAACUUCAAGCGACAGGAGGAGCUCAAGGUAAGUCUCAACUAA